CAUUCUUGCCUAGUUUCAAACUUUUUAGAGGUGAACGAGCAGAAGAUGUCCACGAACGGUUAUGGUCACGGGAUGGCUCGGGCAGCUUCUCAUGCCGGCUCUUGGUAUUCAAGUAAUCCCAAGGAGUUGGAUCGCCAGAUAACCAGAUGGCUAGAUGCCGCUGGCGAGCGUCUCGGUUCUGCUAGGGCUAUCGUUUCGCAUGCCGGUUAUUCGUAUUGCGGUGACACUGCAGCCUACGCUUUCAAACAGAUUGCACCGGAAUGUGUGUAA